AUGAAGCGGCAUGCACAGAAGACCGCUCUCAUAUAUAUACGGCCAGCAGCUGCGAAGGGUGAAUUUGACAUCGAGAAAUUUACCUAUGACGAGCUUUAUGAGCUCGUUCUGCGCUUGUCUCAUAUUUUGAAGACGAAGUACGGAGUCAAGAAAAAUGACAUCGUGUCUCUAUAUAUGAACAACAGUCCCAUAUUCAUCAUCAUGUGGCUAGCGUUGUGGAAUCUAGGCGCAAUUCCAUGUUUCCAGAAUAAUAAUCUGACCCAUAAACCACUGGUGCAUUCGCUUUCUGUCGUUGACUCUAAACUCGUCUUUGUGGACGAGGAGUGUCAAGCCCUCUUUGAUGGAACCAAAGACGAGAUCCUUGCUACAAUUCCUGAUCUGAGAUGUGUCUACGUUGAUCAAAAGCAGUGGCUCAAAGAUAUUCGGAAUCCUUCGUCCCCUGGCUUUAGACUCGAUGACGCAGAACGGGAUAGAGAUCUGCUAUACUAUAAGCCUGCAGUACUUAUAUUUACCAGCGGAACGUCCGGAUUACCAAAGUCUGCAGUGAACUCGUGGCGAAAAGUGUUCUUUGCUUCUUUUUUCUUCCCCCAUGCUAUGAGACUGAGCAGCUCCACCAACAUGUACACCGCCAUGCCACUAUACCACGGCACUGCAUCUAUACUUGGUGUGCUCCCUAUUUUUGCUCACGGCGGCACGCUCUCGUUGGGCACCAAAUUUUCUCUCUCUUCCUAUUGGACUCAGGUCAGACUUGCUGGAGCAAACACUAUCCAGUACGUGGGUGAGGUGUGCCGCUACCUGCUUAAUGGGCCAGCUACAGACGACGAGAAAUGGUGUCGUGGAAAAAUUAGACUUGCUGUUGGAAACGGGCUGCGUGCUGAUAUAUGGACCAAGUUCAAGGAAAGAUUUGGGAUCCCUGCUAUAGGAGAGUUCUACGCCAGUAGUGAGGGUCCUUUUGCGACGACGUGCUACGAGCAAUCAGGAGUUGGCAUUGGCUGCAUCAGAAACCAGGGAUGGCUGGCAGAUAAAGCUCUGAGUUUGAUGUACUGCCUGGUCAAGACGGAAAAGGACGACGACGCUACGCUAUACAGAAACGAGCAGGGGUUUUGCGAGAAGCCUCGGGCUGGAGAAAACGCCGAACUCUUGAUGCACGUCCUGAACCCAAGAAACAUCAAGGCCACAUUCCCUGGGUAUGUGAAUAACGAGGAUGCAACGUACUCGAAAAUUGUGCGCAACGUGUUUCGCAAAGGUGACGCUUGGAUCAGAACUGAUGACCUUUUCCAGUACGACGAGUACGGGUGCAUCAAGUUCGUGGAUAGACUUGGCGAUACAUACAGGUGGAAAUCUGAGAAUGUGAGCACCACCCAGGUGGAAAACAGCUUACAAUCGCAUCCUUCAAUUGACGUCAGCGUCGUCGUGGGAGCAAGGGUUCCCAAUCAUGAGGGCCGCUGUGGUUUCGCGAUUUUACAGACCAAAUCCAGAAACGAAGAAUCUGAAGACGAGAAGAGCAAGCUGCUUACGGAGUUGGCGGCACUAGUGUGUUCACAAUUACCUCAUUUUGCACGCCCGUGUUUUAUCAGAUUUGACAUCAUUGAGCACACUCACAACCACAAGGUGUCCAAGAAAAGAUUCAGAGACCCCGUCCUGCCGUUUGGCCCAAGCAAUAAAGAUUCGGUCUACUACCUCAACCUCAGCACUAAAAAGUAUGAGCCGCUCACCGAGGAAAUAUACAGGGGCAUUGCAUCCGGAUCAAUACGAAUUUGA